UUAUAAAGUAAAGUGAAUUAUAAAGUGAAUAAAAAAUUGUAUUUAAUAAUUAACUAUACUGUAUACAAUUGUUUGUAAAGAGUUUGCAAAAUAAUGCAAAAAUUAAUCUUUGCUAUAAUUAUAGCGGCUGUCGGUGCAGCCCCUUCCCCUUAUAGGUCUGGAACUCCUAUUCCUGGCUAUCAGUGUCCACAGGAGGACAUAGAUAAUACAGGCUGUAAGGGACCCAAAGAUUGUUUGUAUCCCAACCCCGCAGACUGUCAUUCAUUCAUUCAGUGCAAUGACGCGGGACUGGCCUACGAGAUGCCCUGUGCACCAGUAGACCUCGUUUAUAACGACACUCUUAAGGAGUGUGACUGGGAGUCCACCACUCCUUGCAGGACAUCCACCACACCUCUGCCAACCGCUCAGACGUCUGAGGCACCGGUAGAGACAACUGCAACCCCUGAGGCACCGACAACCGAUGCCCAGACCAGUGAACAACCGAUUUCUUCAACCACUGAAUCCGAAGUCACCUCAGAAUCGGAGUCAUCGACAGCACAGACAUCCUCAGCACCGGUUCAGACAACUACUGAAUCAGUCUCUGAAAGCUCCUCCACAACCGCACCGCCAUCUGAGUCGACAUCUGCAGCACCAGUAGAGACCACACAAACACCAGAGGAACCGACUGCCAGUCCUUCAACUCAAUCACCAACUGAGGGCCAGACCAGUGAACAGCCAAUAGAGUCAUCGACAGCACAAACAUCCUCAGCACCAGUCAAGCCGUCAACACCUGAGCCCACACAGGGUUCAGGAUUUGUCUGUCCGGUAGAGGACAUCGCAAACACAGGCUGUAAGGGACCGACAGAUUGUUUGUAUCCCAACCCCGAGAACUGUCAGACAUUCAUUCAGUGCACAGUGAAUCCGGACAAUAGCGGCACUCCUGUGGUGAUGCCCUGUCCGGCAGGCCUCGAGUGGAACGACAACAUCAAGAGAUGUGAUUAUCCCGAGUCCUCCACUUGUCCUAAAGGGUCCACCGCUAGACCCACUGAACAGACAUCGGAGGCACCGGUAGAGACCACACUCAGCACCAGUCAAGCCGUCAACACCUGA